CGUUUCUCCGUUACAGCCGCCGAGUGUUUAAGCUCACCUGUUUGUGCAUCGCAUGUUCCCGCCUGAAACGACUGAUGAGUCUGACUCGGUAGAAAACGGCUCGUUUGCGCCGCCAAACCGCUCCAUCUGUGCUAAGCCUCAUUAGCUUGCCUAGCAAAAGUGAGACAUGGCUGAAAUAGUCGACGUCACCUUCCAGGUGCAGAAGGACGCCAGCACCGCGACCCCCGCUCCUCCGACCCCCCUGAGCAGCGAGGACUACCUGUUCGUGGAGGCCAGGCACCCCAGCACUGUCCUGCAGGGCCUCAACAGCCUGCGGCUCAACAACGCCUUCUGUGAUGUGACUCUGUGCUGUGGAGGACAGGAGUUCCCCUGUCACCGCAUCGUGCUGGCCUCUUUCAGCUCUUACUUCCAGGCAAUGUUCUCCACUGACCUGAUAGAGUCCAAACAAGAGCGGGUUGCCAUCAAUGGAGUUGAGCCUCAGAUGAUUGGCAUGCUGGUGAGCUACGCCUACACAUCAGAGGUCUACAUCUCUAAAGCAAAUGUGCAGGCUCUGCUGGCAGCAGCCAACCUGCUGGACGUGAUGGCCGUCAGAGAGGCCUGUUGUCGCUUCAUGGAGCGUCAGAUGGACGAGAUGAACUGUGUGGGGAUUCACUGCUUCGCUGAGGCCCAUUCCUGUAAGGUGCUGGAGAAACGCAGCAUGGACUACAUCCUUGAGCACUUCACCAGUGUCUGUCAGCAGGAGGAGUUCCUGUCUCUGUGUGUGGACAAACUGACAGAAAUCCUCGCCAGUGACCAUCUCAAUGUGUCCAAAGAGGAGAUGGUGUUUGAGGCCUCCAUGUUGUGGUUGAAUAAAUGCCCCUCGCGCAAACAGAGCUUUGAAAAGGUCCUCGAGCACAUCCGCCUGCCUCUCAUCAGCCCCUACUACCUCCACGAUGUGAUCGAGGCUCUGGACGUGGUGAAGGAGAACCAGGCUUGCCAGAGGCUCAUCUCCGAGGCCAAGGACUACCUGCUGCUGAAGGACCGCCGCGGAGAGCUCUACUGCCCCAGAGCAAGGCCUCGCCGGUCCACUGGGACAGCUGAAGUGAUAGUGACAGUUGGCGGGGAGGACGACAAGGUGGUGCUGCGCAGCGUCGAGAGCUUCGAUCCUGUGACGAAUCAGUGGAAGAACCUGGCCUGCCUGCCCUUCGCCGUGAGCAAACACGGGCUGGUCGUGUCGGACUCGACUCUGUAUUUGGCGGGAGGGGAGUUUCCUGACGGUUCAGCCAGCAGGGAGAUGUGGCGCUACGACCCCUGCUUUGACUCCUGGAUGGAGAUGGCCCCCAUGAAUGUAGCUCGAUCGGAGUUAGGCCUGGUGAUGCUGGAUGGCUUCGUGUAUGCAGUGGGAGGGUGGGAGGGACGGUCUCGCCUGGACUCUGUGGAGUGCUACAACCCCCACACCAACUCCUGGCAGUUCACAGAGUCUGUCAAGAUGGCCGUCACGAGUCCUGCUGUGGUGGCCCUGGACGGACUGCUCUACGUUACUGGCGGCGCAGUUCUAGAGGACGGUGACGGCACGGACCUUGCCCAGGUGUACAACCCUAAAACCGCAGUAUGGACUGAGGUUGCCCCGAUGCAGAUCGCUCGCUCUGGUUCAGCAGCCUGCACGCUGAAAGGAAGGAUCUAUGUUAUAGGCGGAUGGCACGCAUCGACAGAGAACACGGAUAAGGUAGAGUGCUACAAUCCCAAGACCAACCAGUGGACUAUGUGCGCUCCCAUGAAAGAACGACGCUACCGGCCCGGUGCUGCUGUGGUGGAUGGAAAGAUCUACGUCCUGGGAGGAGAAGAAGGCUGGGACAGAUAUCAUGACACUAUCGAGAGGUACUGUGACGAGACGGACACGUGGGAGAUAGUUGGCGAGAUGCCCACCAGUCGCAGCUGGCUCAGCUGUGUGUCUCUACAGCUGAGGAAGGACAUCCACAUGAGCAGCUGUCCCGGGACGCCAAAUGACAACUGAAGCAGGACAUCAUGGAGGAACCAUUCCUGGUUAUCAUUUGCAUCCUGUCCAGGGACAACGCACUACAAAGCUCAGAGCUGCGGAGACCAGCAAACUGAGAAGUGUUGCCUGGGUUUGGCACAGCUCUGUUUGAGCUGUUACUGGUGGCGAAAAGUAGGGGGUUUUUUGUUUUGUUUUCUUUUUAUUCUUUUAAAAUCAUGGAACCAGUCUCACUCACUUGGAUCCCUCCUUUGGCGCGGCAUUAAAGGAAAUGUCGAGACAGGUGAUCUGAAGUAACUGUGAUGGACAACUCAGUCAGCAGUAUGAACUCGCUCUCUGUAUGAUGUGAACAUGUUAAGGGUGUUGUUUUUAUGUCGGAGCACCUCAAAUCUGUGAAGAUUACUCCAGCCAACAUAGUGUAUUUUUGUAUCAUUAUUAUGUGAUGUAUUUAUUGGGGCGUGGCUAGCUGUGAGAAUGACAUUUUUAAAAACUGAAAGUAAACAUUUCGAUCUAUCAAAAGAUGCUCUGUGAGCCAAAGAAUCGAAUUGUGAAUAUUUUCAAAGGUUACCUGUGAAAAAGAUGUCUAUAUGUGAGCAGUGUUUUUGUAAUUAAACUUUGUAAGUUUUGAAUGAUUGUCUCUACUACAUGUAACAUGUUGAGUAUAUUUUUGUAAUGUAGUGUGCGUCAUGCAUUUUAGUGAAUUUAAAUUGCUGGGUUCUAAUAAAGAUGUUUAAUUCUUUUCUGUGAA